CCAUGGGACUAGCAGCCACCGCCCCCCAGCUGUCCUCCCCACUGCCAGGCAGAUAGGGUGGCUGCUGCCCCAGGAGCACCUGCCUGAUCCCUGCUGCCUGGCACCUCCUUUGGGGACAGCCCUUUCCUGACUCGGUGGCCACCUUUUCUGACACGUGGCCAUGUAGGUCCUGCUCAGGCUCCUGUGGACACACCGCUGGGGACAGCACCUCUGCUCUUGGGGAAGCCAGUGCACCACCAUGCCCCGGGGAUUCACCUGGCUGCGCUAUCUUGGGAUCCUCCUUGGUGUGGCCUUGGGGAAUGAGGGUUUGGAGGUGUGGCCCUUGACCCAGAAUAAGGAGUGCACCGUCACGGGCUUCCUUCGGGACAAGCUGCAGUACAGGAACCGGCUUCAGUACAUGAAACACUACUUCCCCAUCAACUACAGGAUCGGCGUGCCUUACGAGGGGGUGCUCAGGAUCGCCAACAUCACCAGGCUGCAGAAGGCGCGGGUGAGCGAGCAGGAGCAGAGGUAUCUGUGGGUCUUGGUGAGUCUCAGUGCCACUGAGUCGGUGCAGGACGUGCUGCUUGAGGGCCACCCGUCCUGGAAGUACAUGCAGGAGGUUCAGACGCUGCUGCUCAACAUCAAACAGGGCCUCCCGGAUGUGGAGAUCAGCCCCAAGGUGGAAGAGGUGUUGUCCCUCCUGAAUGUGCCGGGUCGGAGCCUGAAGCUGGUGCGGCCCAAAGCCCUGAUGGACAACUGCUUCCGGGUCAUGGAGCUGCUGUACUGCUCUUGCUGUAAACACAGCUCCAUCCUGAAAUGGCAGGAGUGCGAGGUGCCAAGUCCUCAGCCCCAUGCCUUGCAGUGUGAGGCCGCCCAGCUGUACCCCCCUCCCCAGCAGACCCCCACCUCCCUGUCCCACUCCCCUGGCUCAAGCACUGGACCCCAGGUCAGGGCCCAGGGCGAGGGCCCCUUGCCCUGAUCGGCCUGUGUGCUGACCCUGGGUGGGGACACCUGAGGACUUCCGGGAGCUGGACUAGGCCCGAGACUUUGCUGUGUGAUGGGGGUCCCCGCCUUGAGAGAGGCCCUGGGGGAAGGUGUUUUUCCCUCUGGGGGAUUCUGUGCCACCGUUGGGCUCAGCUUCCCACCUUUCAUACCUUACUUGCUCUCACUUGGAGGGCUGGGGGUCAGGGAGACCUGGUGCCAUCCUCGUGGCCUCCCCUGCCUGCAGGUGGUGCUGCAGUCUCCUGGGGCCACAGCAGCCAGCGCAUCCCUGGGCAGGGACGGGGCCCACGUGGGACUCUGGGACUCACGCAGAGGCUU